CUUAGCUCCUUUGUGAGAGGCUACCCAGGCUGUUCCUUAUGUACCCUGAUUCUCUACUUCCUUUUAUCCCUCUCUUCUAGGUGUACCUCCAGUCCCAAGACAUGUCCUGCUACACCCAGUGCAUGCCAUGCCGGCCCUGCGGCCCGACUCCUCUGGCCAGCAGCUGCAAUGAGCCCUGUGUCAGGCAGUGCCAGAACUCCACCAUUGUCAUCCAGCCCUCUCCCGUGGUGGUGACCCUGCCUGGACCCAUCCUCAGCUCCUUCCCACAGAACACCGCUGUGGGAUCCUCCACCUCCGCUGCUGUUGGCAGCAUCCUCAGCUCUGAGGGUGUUCCCAUCACCUCAGGGGGAUUUGACUUGUCUGGCCUCGGCAGCCGCUACUGUGGCAGAAGGUGCCUGCCCUGAUAAGGCCACUGGCCAUGAUCCUGGAGAAAUUUGCCAUAAACAUCGAACACAGUGCUCGAUCAAGAAGGAAUCUUCAAGCCACUGCUUUCAGAAUACCAGAACAAUCUCAGCUACCUUAGGAAAAGCUGAGAGGAAAGUGCAAUCCUGGGCUUUCUGAAAACAUGGCUCAUGUCUCUUUUUCUUUUUUUUUUUUUUUGCCUCUUCCUAACACCUUCACUCC